GGAACAGUGUUUAGACGUGAACCGUUUGACCCAGAAGAAUCCGCUGCUAUACUUAGAAAGGCAAUGAAAGGGUUUGGGACAGAUGAAGAUGCAAUUAUAGAAGUUAUGUCAACACAUUCUUCGGACCAGUUAGCAGAAAUAAUUCUAGCCUUUAAACAACAAUAUGGAAAGGACUUGAUAAAAAACAUUAAGUCGGAGAUUAGUGGUCACUUUCAAAAGCUUGUACUGGCUCUGUUCGAGGACCAUCUAGUAUAUGAUGUAAAAGAAAUCCAUCGUGCAAUCAAGGGUUUAGGAACAGACGAAAAGACGAUUCUUGAAAUAUUAUUGACAAGUGACAAUAAUGAAAUAGAAGAGCGUAAAGAAGAAUACAAGAAGCAAUUUAAGUCUGAUCUGGAAAAGGAUCUAAUGGGUGACACAAGCGGACAUUUUCGACGUUUACUUGUAUCAAUAUUGACUGCAUAUAGAGAUGAGAGUGAAGAAAUUGAUGAGGACCUGGCGAUUACUGAAGCACAAGAAUUAUAUAAGGCAGGUGCUGGCAAAGUAGGUACCGAUGAGUCAACUUUCAACCGAAUAUUUUGUACAAGGAAUCACUUACAGUUAAUAGCAACAUUCAAUGCGUACCAGGCUAUUUACGGGAAGGACAUCGAGCAAGUGAUUCAGAAGGAGUUUAGUGGAGCAAUACAAGAUGGACUUGUUUCCAUAGUGCGAAUAGUUCGUAAUACUCCGGCGUAUUUCGCAGAGAGGUUUUAUAAAAGUUUGGAAGGUAUUGGAACGAAAGACAAUGAUCUGAUUCGCCUUGUUGUAACUAGAAGAGAGUUGGAUAUGGAACAAGUCAAAUACGAAUUUCUGAAAAUGUACGGCAAACCAUUAGAAAGUUUUAUAAAGGGUGACACAAGCGGUGACUAUAAGAAAUUGCUUCUUGCUAUUUGUAAGGAGACAGACGUGUCUGCUGUAAUGAAGAUGAAGCAGAUGUCAAUCAGCGAAGAGAAGAUUAAAGAUUACAAACCAAAAAAGGAAAAGAAGCAUAAAAAAGGAAAGAAAAUGAAAAUCAAAAUGAAGAUAAAAGUAAAAAAUGGAAGCAGUGAUGAAAGCAGUGGUUCUAGUGAAGAGGGAUCAGAAGAACAUGAAUCUGAGGAGGAACAAGAAGAAGGAGAAGGAGAACCGGAACCGGAAGAAGAGUGUGAAGAACCGGAAGAAUGUGAAGAACCGGAAGAAGAAUGUGAAGAACCAGAAGAAGGAGAACCGGAACCGGAAGAGGAAUGUGAAGAACCGGAAGAGGAUGAAGAACCGGAAGAAGAAGAACCGGAAGAGGAAGAAGAAGAAGAGGAAGAACCGGAAGAAGAUGAGGAUUAGAACAGACACGUUGAUAUCUUAAAAAUUGCGAAUUCCUGAAUAAUAAAAUGCUCUGUCUUAUUUUAUUAACCCAUUACUUCAUGAGGAUUUUGUGAAAAAUGACUAUUUUCAUUGAAAAGUCUCCCGUUACAAGUUCAAAUUGCUAUUAAACUAUAAAAACUGCUUCAAUACUAAUCAAAUUUGGCACAAGCGUUGACUGGACCAUUGCCUUUUCAACAACAUGUUCAGACUUAAAUUUCCUGUUCCAUGGCAACGAGGGGACAUCUCAAAAUUGCCAAACAUCACUAUUUUUCGUAGAUUUUUUCAAUCAAAAUUUAUUUCAAAGUGCUGCAACUUCUCAAUGGAUUGAGAUUGAGUCAAAUGCUUUUCAGCGUUAGUAACACGUUACCUUAUGAUAUAUCUGGGGUCUAAGUCCAAAAUUUUCUUGGCGAUGAGGGGGACUGCCGCCCCCUUCAAACCCUCCAAACAGAAGGGGGCACAUCCCCCUUCUGGCAACACUUGAUGUAUCUUUUGGUUACAGCCGAAAAAGUGGUCACUUCUUUAAACACCAUUUCUCAAACAAAAACAAGUGUUGGGGGCCUAAAUAAGGCAAUUUUUCACCAUUUGAGACAACGAAAAGGGGGGUGACUUCAGAUAAAUCAAAAGCUCUAUUACAGCUUCAUUCUCAAAUGAGGGUAUUGAUUUCGGUUAAAAAUAUAAAAAAAUGUCUAGUACAUGCAUCCAUUAAAUGGAUUUACAUGGAUGUAAGAGUUAUAUUUGAAAAAUGUCAUCCUCUUUAAAUGGUUCUUUGUUUUAACUUUACUUGAUUUAUGUAUAUAAAAGUAAACUAUUGGAAAGAGAACAAAAAAAAACCAAAAAACAAUUUACACAUUGGAAAACAGAAAAUUACCAAAAAGAGGUAAAAAUAAGCAAAAAGAAAAAAAAAGGCUAUUUUUGCGAUAGUCACGCAGUUGAUAUAUGGUGAUAAACACAACAAAAUCGGUCCUUAAUCGCAUAUGGCAUGCUAAUACUACAUGAAUAUGAAAACUUUUACUUUUCUUAAUAUUUUAGUACUUUUUUUCUAAACUUUAAUUUUCUUGACACACAAAUAUAAGGACGGAAAAUUGCUAUUUGAUAAAAUUAUUCUAUUGAAGUGCGAUCCGUUUUCGUGUAUAUGCAUUAUCUUUUAUUGCUUUAUUGUUUAUUAUAUAUAUUAAUCAUGAUAAUAAUAAAGAUAAAACAAUUAAAAGUGUAAAAUCAUUGCGUGUAUAGAGGGUAUUGUACAAUGCUAUUUACAUGUAUUUAUUAUUUAUCUCGAAAUAAAGUGUUCAUGUUUA